UUGAAACUUCAAGGAAAACGUUGACAUAAUUGUCGGAGGUGAACAUGAUUUUUCAUUGAUCGAGACAUUUAAAAUUAAAUGUAAACCUUUGUUGGUUACCUUUCAACAACAUAAAAGAUAACCAAACUUGUUUAACAGUUUAGUUCACAGUGUGCCCAUCUACACCAAUAUCAUGAUACCUGAUUAUUUUAACGACUUGACUGAACAAGUCGAAAUAGGAGUUUGGAAUGUCUUUGGAACAACUCCUAGUGAAAUAAAAAAGAAUAUAGAAGCUAUAAAAGAAUGGCUGCCAACACAGCCACAUUUACCUGGAAAAUUAACUGAUAAACAAAUAAGAGCGUUUCUUAUGAUGGGGCGGGGUAGUGUUGAAAACGCAAAACCCAAAAUUGAUAUGUACUUCACGAUGAGGUCUUUGUUUCCUGAUAUUUUCGACGAUUCUCAUCCUUUUUCAAAACGGAUCCUCAACGUCAACGAUUAUAUUUAUUUAAUACCACUCCCAAAGUUGUUACCAGAUUAUUCUCGAGUUGUAAUUAUGAAAUUAAAAGAAACCGAAAAAGAUCCAUAUGCGCUAGAUCCUGGCGCAGCGUUUUGUCAGCUAAUAAAUAUGGUAGAUGUAAGAUUUUUUGAAGAUUUAUGUGCACGUCACAUUAUAAUCGCCGAUUUAAAGCAUUGUCAGGUAGCACAUUGCACCAAACUUUCACCGUCUUUAAUCAGACGUUGCUAUACAGUCUGUCAGAAAGCUUACACUACAAGUUCAAGUGGAAUUCAUAUUAUCAAUGCUCCCAGAUUUUUCGAUCAGGUUAUCAUUAUGAUAAAAUCUAUCCUUUCACCAAAACUGGCCAAAAAGAUACAUCUGCACAAAGACUAUGAAUCUGUUCUUGAUUCCAUAGACAAAAAUAUAUUACCAAUAGAAUAUGGUGGUACAGAAAAAUCUUUAGAUGAAUUAGAAGAACUGUUUACUAAACGAUUUGAAAUACACAAGGAAUAUUUCGAUAUAAGAGAAACGCUAAAGGUGAAUGAAGAACUUAGACCAACGAAAAAUGAAAACGACGAACUUCUUGGAUUUUACGGAAAUUUUAAGAAACUCGAUGUUGACUAAAUGUUAAAGAAUAAAGAAAAUUUCAGAGUG